AUGGCUAGUGAAUUUCAGAAUGAAUGCGAUGAGAACUCUCCAGACGACUAUUCGCAUGGAGAUAGUGCAAUGAUGAAGAUUUGGCGAACGAAAAGUCUUGACGACGAGCAACCAUCGUUCCAAAGUGCGACAGGUGCAAAAGUUCAUGUGGAAAAAGCUGCAGAUAGCACGCGAUCCCUUCACUCUUCAUUUGAUGCAGCACUGUUUCUAGACUCAAAUGCCAAAACAGCGGAAUGGUUCGACCCAGAACGACACCGAAACGUUGUGUAUGCGAAUAAGGUUCGAAGCGAAUUCUCGGGGAAAAAGCAUAUGCGUCAAAAAUUUCAGAUGGAUGCUGCAGAAGCAUCCAUGGCGGGGACUUUCCAGAAACAAGCUCAGGCAGACAUUUCACUUGCAGAACCAUCACAACAACUCAAGUUUCAAACCCACACUUCAAUGCCAAAGAGCUGCUCAUCAGUUUCCAAACGACGGCGAAUACCAUCACAAACGAUUCGAUCGCCAAUCCCAAAAAAUGGCGCAAGGAUUGCUGAUUUAAACAUCAAAGCUCUUUAUCAAAGAAGCAGUACCAGUGAAUGGUCACUCUCGCCGAAUAUCUUGAUGAAAGGAUCAGGCAACCUUACGCCCCUAAAGCAAUGUGGAACAACGUAUACAAUGCUACAUCCAACCAGCCUGUCAAAGGUUCACAGUACUGGGACGAAAACUGCCUCAACUGCCGCCCUUGAGACAACAGAAGAGUUUGACAGCUGUGAAUCGUCCCCCCCUUCAAUGGAGCCGUUUCGAUUUACUUCAUUUCCAGAAUCACUUCCGAGACUCAACAAUCCAGUAGAAAGGCACUACGCCGAAUCUAUAUGCAGACGGAUGUCGUUCGGUGAAAGAAAUGGAAUCAACGUUUCGAACCAGUCCCGAGAAGACGACGGGACACACGAUACGAGCAUUUCCAGUCUAUCUGCUGAUGGCCGUCGUCAUUCUCCAAUGUGCGUAGUUCCUUCUUACAAGGACCUCGCCAAGGCCAGUCAACGUGAUAGCAAUAGUGUACCGAAGCAAUCAGCGCCCCUCCCAGGUUGCGCAGACUUUGAACAGCGUAUUACCACUAGCGAUAGUACACCGAAUUCUCCCGGAAGUAACACCGUGGGUAGAAUGCGUCUAGACUUCAACGCUCAUUUGAGCCCUACGCAAAUGAUCGGCGACUCGCCUCCAACCUCAUUUGUACCAUCACUUCUGAAGUCAAGACACACUGGGGAAAACAAUUUUCCACGGACUCUCACUGCGGCUUCUCCCCCUCCUACACACUCCAAAUUGAUGUCUUCGUCCAACGAGUCAGAGGAACCGCUAACUCCAAACCAGUCGUGUGCAAAACAAGUACCCACUACUCCGCAGGACGUUCUCUUGCACUUCCCACCGGAGACUGAAUGUUCCCCCAUUCCGAGUAGUGAUCAACAGGAGGAGCACAAGACCCAUUGGCAACACGGUCCAUCAAUUGUUGGUCCCUCCGUUUUUUCGAAAAGCGCUAUUUAUACCCAUGUUCCUGGCGCUAGUAUUGCCGAUGCACAGCUUGAAAGAAGAGAGCAGGACUUCCCAAUUUCUUCUGCAAUCGCGAAACAGAGUCAGAUGCGUCCGAUGCCUGAUAUGUCUGCGUUUGAAAGCGCUGCAUAUUCUUCUCGUGGAAAUCGAUCGACCGAUGACAGCCUGAUUGUAGAGACGGCAAAAGGGCUGCCAACAUUGCCGGGAUGUCUAUGUCCGGCAACUCCAGUUCGAACGCCCGCUUGGGCGAGCGACGCAGGAGGUACCUUCAUGAGCGGGCGCCAAAAUUCCUUAAUAUCAACGAAACUACUGUUAGCAUGCCCCUCGCAUGUGCUUGAGGGCCGAACUUCUCUCGAGGAUUCGUUGCUUGAAGAAGAUUACAACCCUGAGUCUUCCGACGCACUCUGUGGCAUUGCCAAAAAAAAUGAUUCCGCCUACAGCGAAGGCAAACCUGGUGCAGGACCGUCUUUGCUCUCACAGGAUAUGAACGAAACGAAGAGAGAUGCCUCAAGAAUCUACGACACCAGUUUGCCGACAAUUGGAAACAAUCUCAACCUUCCCCAGAUCUCAAAAGACAACAGAUUAGUUUCUUUCAGAAACGACUUUGAAGUUAUCAGUUCACUUGGCAGCGGUGCUUUCGCAGAUGCAUUUAAGGUCAGGGCACAGAUUGACGGCCGUCUAUAUGCUGUGAAAAGAAAUCGACGAAAGUUUCGAGGUAUUCGAGACAGAAAUUUGGCACUUGCUGAGGUGCAGCAUAUGCAGAGACUUCAGGACGUUGGUACCGCCGCUUGUGCCAUUGACGCCAAGAAAGAUUUUUCUCAGAGCACUGACAAAAGCACAUACUCUCUUUACUUGCUUUUCUUCUACCGUGCUUGGCAAGAAGAUGGAUACUUUUUCUGCCAGACGGAGCUGUGCUGUCGUGACUCUUGUAAAGAAUUACUUGAUUCCAUUCGAUUGCGUUGGAAAUCCUCGAACAUCAAGUAUCCGAGUCUUUCGCGGCACAUAUCACCUCCAAACGACGCGCUGGCAGCAAUAAAUGCAAACUGCUCGCUGCGAUACCUGCCGCACAGUACAGUCUGGAAAGUUUGUCAUGAUAUUGCAGCUGGACUAUCACACAUGCACUCGCAUGGACUUGUCCAUCACGACAUUAAACCGUCGAAUAUUCUUUUCGUUCGAAAUCCUCGCUUUGGAGCCAUGUGUAAAAUAUGUGAUUUUGGACUGGCUGGGGAGAUUGAUAGUUCAAGUGAUGGUCAAGAAGGCGAUACUAGGUACAUGCCAUCAGAAUUACUCUCUUCGAUGACAAGACAGCCGAGUGCCGACAUAUUCAGUCUGGGACUAACACUCUACGAAAUAGCAAGCGAUCAUCAUAUCGAGUUGCCCUCAGAAGGUCCACUGUGGCACCGACUUAGAACGAAUUCGAUGCCUCAGCUUCCUGACUUUCGAGGACUGCCAUUCUGUGAACUUAUCAAAGCUAUGACCCAUCCUUCUGCACAGAGACGACCAACCGCAGACGAGAUACUGUCGUUGGACGGAGUUGUAUCAAGUGGUCAGGGGUUCGAUUUAUUCUUAGAGGAUUAUGUUGUAGAUGUGGCAAAAUAUGAGAGAUUGGAAGAGGAACGAUUCGCUGCUGGUAACCAUGACGAUCAAACGCCAAGGAAUUGGUCUGGUCGUCCACGGGUGACUCAAAGCCCGAGCUUGUCGAUGCUGUUGUCAUCUGAAAACAAUCUUCUUUCACCUGGUGUGCAGUAG